CAGGGCGCUCCCGCGGCAGCGGCCCGGGCGGGGACAGAGGUUGGGCAGCGCGCGCCGGCGGCGGACUCCGGGGACGACAGGCAGGCCCGCCCCGCGGCUGGGCGCUCAGAGGCUCGGAAGCUACUGGCUCUCGUGCGCCCCGAACGUGGGAGGCUGGCAGCUGCUGUUGGGUUUCUGGCUGUGUCCAGUGUCAUCACCAUGUCUGCUCCUUUCUUCCUGGGAAAGAUCAUUGACAUCAUCUAUACCAACCCCACCUCGGACUAUGGUGCGAGCCUGACCCGCCUGUGCCUGGGACUCACCGGUGUGUUCCUGUGUGGAGCUUCUGCCAAUGCCGUCAGAGUCUACCUCAUGCAGUCCUCAGGCCAGCGAAUUGUGAACAGACUUCGGACUUCACUGUUCUCCUCCGUUCUGAGGCAGGAGGUUGCUUUCUUUGAUAAGACUCGCACAGGAGAACUGAUUAACCGCCUCUCAUCUGACACUGCACUGCUAGGGCGCUCAGUGACUGAAAACCUCUCAGAUGGGCUCAGGGCCGGAGCCCAGGCCUCGGUGGGCGUGGGCAUGAUGUUUUUUGUGUCACCGAGUCUAGCCACCUUUGUUUUAAGUGUGGUCCCUCCAAUGUCCAUCCUUGCUGUGAUUUAUGGUCGAUAUCUGCGGAAACUGAGCAAAGCCACACAGGACUCACUGGCGCAAGCCACACAGCUGGCUGAGGAGCGCAUUGGGAACAUAAGAACAGUCCGAGCCUUUGGGAAAGAGAUGACGGAGGUAGAGAAGUACAGUGACAAAGUGGACCACGUGCUGCAGUUAGCAAGGAAGGAAGCCUUCGCUCGGGCCGGCUUCUUUGGAGCAACAGGGCUCUCCGGGAACCUGAUCGUGCUCUCUGUGCUAUACAAGGGAGGGCUGCUGAUGGGCAGUGCUCACAUGACCGUGGGCGAGCUCUCCGCCUUUCUCAUGUACGCCUUCUGGGUUGGAGUAAGCAUUGGAGGCCUGAGCUCUUUCUACUCAGAGCUGAUGAAAGGACUGGGUGCUGGCGGACGUCUCUGGGAGCUCCUGGAGCGGCAGCCCCAGCUGCCUUUUAAUGAGGGCAUUACUCUAAAUGAGCAGAGUUUCCAGGGCGCCUUGGAGUUCAGGAACGUGCACUUCGCCUAUCCGGCUCGCCCAGAGGUGUCCAUAUUCCAGGACUUCAGCCUUUCCAUCCCAUCAGGAUCCAUCACGGCGCUGGUUGGCUCAAGUGGUUCUGGCAAAUCCACUGUGGUUUCGCUCCUCCUGCGACUGUAUGAUCCCAUUUCUGGAACUAUCAGUCUUGAUGGGCACGACAUCCGUCAGCUAAACCCUGUCUGGCUGAGAUCCAAGAUUGGGACUGUCAGUCAGGAGCCAAUUUUGUUCUCUUGUUCCAUCGCUGAGAACAUCGCUUACGGUGCCGACAGCCCAUCCUUGGUGACUGCAGAGCAGGUGCAGAGAGCAGCGGAGGUGGCCAACGCAGCAGGCUUCAUCCGGAGCUUUCCCCAGGGCUUCGACACCAUGGUUGGGGAGAAGGGGGUGCUCCUGUCAGGUGGACAGAAGCAGCGGAUUGCGAUUGCCCGUGCACUGCUUAAGAAUCCCAAAAUUCUUCUCCUAGAUGAAGCAACCAGUGCACUGGAUGCCGAGAAUGAGCACCUGGUGCAGGAGGCCCUCGAUCGACUGAUGGAGGGCAGAACAGUGCUCAUCAUCGCCCACCGCCUGUCCACCAUCAAGAAUGCCCACCUUGUGGCUGUGCUUGACCAGGGAAGAAUUCUUGAACAUGGGAAACAUGAGGAGCUGCUUUCAAAGCCAGAUGGGGUGUACAGAAAACUAAUGAACAAGCAGAGUUUUAUUUCAGCAUAAAGAACAGUCACUGAGAGAAACUUGAAAGCAAAGCAGCAUUGAAGAAAACAAUUUUAAGAGACUAUGAAAUCUGUAAAUGAUACUUCAAGUUAUUUGAAAUAUGCCUAUUUUUUCAAAGUCUAUAAAAUAUUGCCUCAAAAUGUA